GGCUGCUCACCCUGCGGGCGUCCGAAAAGCGGGUUGGCGGCCCGCUCUGCAGUUUUUACUGAUAGAGUAGUGCCAGCAAGAUUUCUGUGGCGUAGAAUAACUCUUGAAGACACAGAAAAAGUUUGCCGUACACAAGGAUGGAUUUCACGGAGGCCUAUUCCGAUCGAUGCUCUGCCGUGGGGCUUGCAGCCAGAGAAGGAGAUGUUAAAAUGCUGAGGAAACUAAUUAAGCAGGGAUACAGCAUCGAUGUUCCCGAUAACAGGGGGUGGGUGCCAAUCCACGAAGCAGCAGCUCGCAAUUCGAGUGAAUGUCUGAGGCUGCUAGUUCGUGCAGCUCCAUCUGAUGACUACAUAAAUUCAAAGACGUUUGAAGGGAUGUGUGCGCUGCACCUUUCGGCACGCCACGGGGCUUUGGAGAGCGUCCGUGUUCUUCUGGAAGCUGGGGCUGAUCCCAAUGAAGUUACCACUGAAGCAACCACCCCACUGUUCCUAGCUGUUGAAAAUGGACACGCAGACAUUGUAAAGUUUCUGCUCCAACACGGAGCAAACGUUAAAGGACUUCAUUCUUGGUCUGGAUGGAAUUCUUUGCACCAAGCUUCUUUUCAGGGAUGCACUGAGAUAAUGAAAAUACUUCUGGAGAAAGGGGCGAGCAAGGAAUGUAAGGAUGACUUUGGAAUUACACCUUUAUUUGUUGCUGCUCAGUAUGGAAAACUGGAGAGUUUAAGACUGCUUGUAUCCCACGGUGCAGAUAUAAACUGUCAAGCCAAGGACAAAGCCACUCCCCUGCUGAUUGCUGCGCAGGAGGGCCACGCAGAAUGUGUGGAACUGCUGUUAUCAAAAGGGGCAGAUCCAAAUCUGUACUGCAACGAGGAUAACUGGCAGCUACCUAUUCACGCAGCGACUCAAAUGGGCCAUAAGAAGAUAUUAGAGUUGCUAAUACCAGUUACUGAUCGGAUUUGUGACAAAGGCAAAGGCAAAGUGAGCCCUGUGUAUUCAGCAGUAUAUGGCGGUAAUAAAGACUGUUUGGAAAUGUUACUUAAAGCGGGUUACAGUCCAGAUGCUCAAGAGUGCCUUAACUUCGACUGCAGAUCACCCAUGUGUAUGGUCUUCCAAAAAGAGUUUUUUUAUUUCAUUGAUGUUUUCCUGAAAUAUGGGAUCACCUUACUUGGGAUUAAUUUGGGAUAUUGCCUGUUCCAUGAAAAGUUUACUUUGUUUCAACGCUUCUUGAAGCGGGGCUGUUUGCUGCCUUCUGGGGACCAGUUAUCGGAGUUCAUCAGUUACGCGGUUAAAGCGCAUGAGGAGUACAAGGAAUGGCUGCCUUACCUGCUCUUGGCUGGUUUUAAUCCAGUGAAUUUAAUGCGCAGAUUCUGGAUCUUCUCUGUGAGCGAGAAUGCCCUUAAUUUCAUCCUGGAGUUCACAAACUGGAAGAGGCUUCCUCCAGCUGUAGAGCAAGACCUUUCAGACUACAAAGAGAAGUUCGCUUGGACUCCCAAGAGCCAUUUUGCCUUCAUUCCUUCCCUGUCUCAUCUUUGUCGUCUUGAGAUCCGGUCCAUUUUAACUAGCGAACGCCUGCGAUCGGACCGGUUUAUCCGGGAAUUGCCGCUGCCAGCUUGUCUCCAGGACUACCUUCUCUACUUAGAUGUACUGCGAGUCAACGCUAUCCCAGAAGCGGAGGAUUAUCUGGGGCAGAGAGAGGAGGGAGCUCCCUCUGCCAGUCACUCCAGCGCUGAAGAUGCAGAGAGGGGACACGCCUGUAACGCCGGUGUUAGAUGAUGGCGCUGCCAGCGACUGA